AUGAGCCACACCAUGGAUAAACUCAAAGAUAUGUUGUCAUCUCGCAGCAAGAAUGACAACGAUUAUGCCCAGCCCAGUGGGGCUACUGAGGGCGCCACUUCCCCAACGGAGGCCACGGUGAAGAACUCGCUUGCUCAAGGUCACCUGAAAGACGAUACAACAAGCCGAGAGGUCCAGAUUUCGGCUCCAGCGGAGCUCACCGGCUUGACUGGACAAUACCGUGUUGGAAAGGAUGACAGCCUUGUUUCGGACAAAGAGCGUCAGAAACAUGGUACUGCCAAUGGUCUUGCUUCUGCUACGAUGGCGUCUGGAGCAAUCGGGGAGCAGAACCCAUCACAGUAA